UGGAUAGAUUAUACUGAUAAGCACGCAGGCAAGUAGAAGUACUGCUAUAUUUACUGUAAGAACAGAAGGGAUGGGUAGUGAUUUUAGGCUAAAAUCAAAUUAAAUAGUGGAAACAGCUGUAGACAAUAUGAGUGAUAAAUACAGAGACGGGGCAACCAGCAAUGGGAAGCCGAGACACUCACACAAAUCGACAACUUCUAAGGAACGAAAGGACAAAGACAAAGAUAAAGUCAAAGAUAGAAAUAGAAACAGUAGUAAACAAUCGGCAAUCAAAUAUUCACAAGAAGAGUCCACUGUGAUUCUGGAUGAAAUAAAGUCACAGCAGUCGCGGAAGGGUGAUAACUAUUGCGCGGAUUGCCAAGCACGAGAUCCAAGGUGGGCAGUGUCCAAUAUUGGAAUAUUCGUGUGUAUUCGAUGCUCGGGUGUGCACCGCAGCAUCGGCACGCACAUCUCCAAAGUGCGAUCAAUCAACAUGGAUCGCUGGACAGAAGAACAGCUCAACUGUAUGCAAUAUAGCGGUGGAAAUGACGCGGUGAACGCUCGGUACGAAGCAACACUUGACCCGGGAUUUACGCGGCCACAAACUGACUAUGACGCUGAGAUAUUUAUUAGGGAAAAGUACGUGCAGAGAAAGUUUUUCGUUUCGCCCAAGAUAGACACUGUCGAAAAGGAUCCUCCUGUCAAUUUGAAAGCCUCGCCUGACAGAACUAUCAAGUCUAACACGAAGACAAUUUACAGCAAAGCCCAGCUUCAAAUGCGAGCUCAACAAGUGUCGCCAAUCCCAACAGGGCAACCGCAAGACGCAACGCACAAAACCUUCGAUGCAUCACUCUGGAGUUGACGAUGCUCAUAAUCCAUUAGUACAAACAUAUUAAAAGGAACACUCCGCUGCGCGCGUGUUUGAUAGAGAUGCACAUGUAUCCCGCUAAGCCUAAGUAUGUCAUGUUUUGAAAAGUGCAAUGUAAAAUAAAAUAAUUUCUCCCCUUCCCGA